UGCUGAACAGGGGAGAGCCGGGAGGGAGGAGAGUUGGAAAGUUGCAACUUCAGGGCAAUAUAGACCACAUGCUAUGGGAAGGAAUGCCUGUGUCUUUGUAGGAGAGUGAAAGAGCAAAUGAAAAGAAGAGAGGAGGAGGAGGAAAGAACAAGGAGGGAGGGAACUAAGCUAAGUUCUGCAGCGUGGCUCUGUCUCUGAAUGAAAGAACCUCUCUCACUCUCUCUCACUCUCUCCUGCUCUCUGUAUGUAUGGCUCAUGUCGGCUGCAGCAAGUGAGCACAUGUCCAGAGCAAAGACAGCGAGGCUCUUCAAGUGACUUAAAGCUGGAAGUAAAUAUUUUGCAGAAACUUUGGCUGAAGGUGCGAGUCUAAAUUUCCGUCCCUGCUGGAUUACUUCUUAGCAAUGUGACUGCUUUCUUUUGAGGAUUGCUGAGCAUCCAGCAAAUAACUUAUUUUUGAUGGAAAUGGAGUUUCAGUAACUAGAUUUGGACACUUUCUUUCUUUCAAGAAAUUGUGUUGUGAUCCACAGAUGUUUUUUGCAGAUAUGAUACUACUGUAGUGACAAGAACUGAAACUCUCCACAUGAACAGGACCUUGGGACAUUAGUUCUGCCAUCCUCCACACACCACCCGGACAGCUGCACUGUAGAUCUCCUCAUCAUCAAAAGAAUUCACUGGACCUGGAUCAGUUUGACCCCUACUUGCCGUAUAAGCAUAAUGCCUGGACUCUGAGCGCCUUGUAGGUCUCUGGUCAACUUGCAGGCAGGUGUGAUGCUGGAUGGUCAGUGUGUUUGAUACACACACACACACACACACACACACACACACACACACACACACACACACACAUGGGGUUGCCUGAAACUGCAGUGACCAGGACAUCACAUGAGGACAUCCAAAUCUCCAAACUCUUUCAGAAAAGCUAACUUUGAGUCUCAUACCUGUGCUUGACAGAUGCCGGUGGCAAAGUAACAUGUGCAUUGUCUAACAACAAGGCUUCACUCAUCUCAUACAUUAUAGUGUAAUAUCAAAUCCAAAGUGCUUUGAUUUGCUGAAUUACUGGGUCAAGAGCCAAACUACACUGAACUGAAAUACAGCAUUUUCACACCAUGACCCUACAAACUUGUAAUUUGCAUCACGCUGUCCUCCCUCACCUCCUUCUUCUGGUCCUGCUGUUGCUCCUCCAUGUCUUGUGGGGGUGCUGUCACCCCCAGUGUCUGGACUACAAGCCUCCGUUUGAGCCCCGGCAGCCACUGGUCUUCUGUAAGGAGUAUUCUAAAUUUGGAUGCUGUGAUCUGGAAAAAGAUGAGGCGAUAUCAGUCAAGUUUUACACCAUCAUGGACAAUUUUGACCAUUCAGGUUAUAUGACCUGUGCCAAGUACAUACGCAGCAUCCUCUGCCAGGAGUGUUCUCCAUACGCCGCCCACCUGUAUGAUGCUGAGGAUGCUAACACUCCAAUGCGGAUGCUGCCUGGAAUGUGCGGUGAUUACUGCUCCGAUUACUGGCAGCAGUGUCGGUACACGCUCAGCCUCCUCCUGGAGGAGUCGGGGGGGCCGCAGCAGUUUGCCAACAUGACUGCAACAAUAGAAGAAGAUCGCAGAAAGUUCUGCAACUUUCUGGAGCUGAAGGAUAAACAGUACUGCUAUCCGAAUGUAUUGACAAAUGCAGCUCUAAAUGCUAACUUGGGGUUGGUAAGUGAGGAUCCCAAAGGAUGUCUGGAGCUGUGUUUGCAGGAGGUUGCCAACGGGCUCCGUAACCCCGUGGCCAUGAUUCACGCAAAUGAUGGGACUCAUCGAUUCUUUGUGGCGGAGCAGCUGGGUUAUGUGUGGGUGUAUCUGGCCAACGGCUCUAGAAUCGACCGUCCUUUCCUCAACCUCACCCAUGCUGUCCUCACAUCACCGUGGGCUGGAGACGAGAGGGGAUUCCUCUGCAUAGCCCUACAUCCAAGGAUCACCACAGUCAGAAAAGCCUAUGUGUACUACUCUGUGUCUGUCAAGAAGGAGGAGAGAAUACGUAUCAGCGAGUUCACACUGUCAGCACAUGAUGACAACCAACUAGACCACUCCUCUGAGAGGACUAUUCUUGAGGUGGUAGAGCCAGCAUCCAAUCACAAUGGAGGACAGCUUCUAUUUGGCCAUGACGGGUACCUGUACAUCUUCAUUGGUGACGGUGGCCGAGCUGGGGACCCAUUUGGAAAGUUUGGCAACUCACAGAACAAGUCAACACUCCUCGGCAAGGUGCUGCGUGUUGAUGUUGACAACAAUGAUGAUGGCCCCCCGUACAGCAUCCCCUCAGAUAACCCAUUCUUGAGAGAAAAAGAAGCACGGCCCGAGAUUUAUGCCUUUGGCGUUCGCAAUAUGUGGCGUUGCUCCAUUGACCGUGGUGACCCCGCUACAGGCCGGGGCGGAGGCAGGAUGUUUUGUGGUGACGUAGGCCAGAACAAAUAUGAAGAGGUGGACCUUAUUGUUAAAGGAGGCAACUAUGGAUGGAGGGCCAAAGAAGGCUUCAGCUGCUAUGAUCGCAAACUCUGUCACAACUCCUCGCUAGAUGACAUCUUGCCUAUCUUUGCCUACCCCCACAAGUUGGGCAAAUCAGUGACGGGAGGAUACAUCUACAGAGGCUGUCAGAUGCCCAACCUCAACGGACUCUACAUCUUCGGGGAUUUUAUGAGUGGGCGUCUGAUGUCUCUAAAGGAGAAUGUUACUUCUGGUGAGUGGCUGUACAAUGAGAUCUGCAUGGGAAGAGACCAGACCUGCAGAUUCCCCAAACUCAUCAACAGUUACUACAAAUACAUCAUCUCUUUUGCUGAGGAUGAAGCAGGUGAACUGUAUUUUUUAGCCACAGGAGCUGCGAGUGCCACAGCCAGAGCAGGAGUCAUCUAUAAGAUAGUUGACCCUUCCAGGCGAGCAGCACCAGGAAAAUGCAGCGUCAAGCCUUCACCUGUUAAGAUAAAAGGAAAACUGAUUCACUUCUACCCCAAAGAAGAGUUUGUAAUCAACAAGAAGCCAACCACCACACCUGUACCCACAACAACCACAAGGAAAACUACAACAACAACAAAAACACCACCAAGAAGAAAGUCACCUAUAAUAAUAAUAAAACCACCAAUGCCAACAAGAACAACAAUAAGAAAAACGCCACUACCACCACCAACAAAAGCAACAACAAGAAAAACAACAUUACAGACAACAAGAAAAACAAUGAGAAAAACACCACCAGCGCCCACAAAACCAACUUUAAAAGCAACAACAACAAUAAAAACAACCUCAGCAACAACAAUAAAAUCAUCAACCGUACCAACACCUGUCCAGAUGUCCAUGGCAACAACCCCCGCCACAACCACACCCACUGGUUAUCUCACAACCAUCAUGACUGCAGCCUUCUCUAGGAUUGCUCAAACCCCAAUCAUCACCACACCUCCAACCAGGAGACACGGGAGACCCCGGCAGUACGCCCCUUUUACCACCUCACAACCUUUUACCUCACCACAACAUCCUCCUUCUCCAUCCACAACAUCCCUGAAACGACAGCAGAUGGCUCUGACCUCUGCACGAUACCCUGAGCCUCCUGGAGCGCUGACCACACCACUGCCGCCAUAUUGGAGCCAGAAACCCACGGCAUCAGGCUUCAAGCCCCAGAGACCACCAAUCAACACAACACUACCUAAAUCACAGGAAGAGAGGGUGUGGCUCGGAGAGAAGCUUGAAAGCGCAGGGGAGGGUAACCAAGUAUAUAAGAGGCUUCGAGGAAGAGGUCGCGGUCACAAGAGAGGAAGAGGAGGAAGAAGGCUGCGGGUCGGCUCAGUGCGACUAGUAAGCGCCGAUGGUUUGUCAGAUCGAGGUAGAGUGGAGAUCUUUAUCCGUGGUGAGUGGGGGACAGUUUGCGAUGACCUUUUCAACAGCAAAGCAGGUACUGUGGUGUGUCGACAGCUCGGCUUCACGACGGCGUUGGCCGUGAUGAAGAGGGCUGCACUUGGGGAGGCAGACCGCAGCGUCAGGAUCCUACUGGAUGAUGUGGAGUGUGAGGGCAGGGAGAGAUCGCUGCUAGAGUGCAAGAGAGCCAGGGUGGGGAAACACAACUGCUCACAUGGGGAAGAUGUAGGGGUGAUCUGCGGUUAGCACGGAGGGGUGAAAAGUUAAAGUAUAGGAAGAAAAGAAAGAAAUGACGAAGGUAGUGUUUGAAGAAGGUAUGAAAGGUUAUUACAGACUGCUCAUUUUUAAGCAUUGACGUUGGUGAUGUCAGUUUGCUAACAAUUCUAUGAAUGUUUUUUUUUUUUCACAUUUUCCAGUUUUACUUAUUGAUGUUUCUUUUGUCAUUUCCCUUUCUCUGCCAAAUUAAAAAAAAAAAAAAAAAAACAUUCCAGAGGAGCCUACGUUGGGAGUUUCUCCCAAUCUCACUCAGUCCACUGUUUUGUAAAAUCUAACCAAGCAAAUGACACCAAUUGUGAAAGUUCAUAUUAACACAUAAACCAUUAUGUAGUUAUCUAUCCCUAUCACGCAUUAUUAACCACUGUGUAACAAAGGGCCGGGUCAUAUCUGCUUUUAUUACAGUGAUAUUUCCGAACGCAUCAAGUCAUUUCGGUGGAAUUGCUUGUGGACACUUAUUAAAAAGGUACUCAGAGAUGUGAACUUAGACAUAAAAAUUUGCAAACAACUGUUUUAAAACAACUGUGCUAACCUACUGUCCGUUAAGUGACUAAAUAGUAAUUAAAGCUAUAGUGCGUAGUUUCUGUCGCCCCGAUGAGGAAUUCUAAGUAAUGAUAACAGCACUGUCGGCGCGUCCAUGUGGUACAAGC